AAAGAUGACAUUAGAUAUCUGCUGACAAUGGAUAAGCUGUGGAGGAAAAGAAAGCCUCCAGUGCCACUGGACUGGGCUGAGGUACAAAAUCAAGGUAAUUAGAAAAACAUAUCUGACCAACAAAAUGAAUCCUCUGCAGUCUUGAAGGAUCAGCAGGUUCUUGAUGUCAAGAGCUAUGCACGCUUAUUUUCAAAGAGUGUUGAAACCCUGAGACUUCACCUGGCUGAGAAGGGUGAUGGAGCAGAGCUUAUAUGGGAUAAGGAUGACCCUUCUGCGAUGGAUUUUGUCACUUCUGCUGCAAACCUCAGGAUGCAUGUUUUCAGUAUGAAUAUGAAGAGCAGAUUUGAUAUCAAGUCAAUGGCAGGAAAUAUUAUCCCAGCUAUAGCUACUACUAAUGCAGUAAUAGCUGGUCUGAUAGUGCUGGAGGGUUUGAAGAUUUUAUCAGGAAAAAUAGAUCAGUGUAGAACGAUUUUUCUGAACAAGCAGCCAAAUCCCAGAAAGAAGCUAUUGGUUCCUUGUGCUUUGGAUCCACCAAAUCCUAACUGUUACGUAUGUGCAAGUAAGCCAGAAGUGACUGUGAAACUUAACGUACACAAAGUUACUGUGUUAACACUCCAGGAUAAGAUAGUGAAAGAAAAAUUUGCUAUGGUAGCACCAGAUGUACAAAUAGAUGAUGGAAAAGGAACCAUUCUUAUCUCUUCAGAAGAAGGAGAAACAGAAGCAAAUAACCACAGGAAAUUAUCAGACUUCGGAAUUCGAAACGGCACUCGACUACAAGCAGAUGAUUUCCUCCAGGACUAUACAUUGUUAAUCAAUGUGCUUCAUAGUGAAGACCUAGAAAAAGAUGUAGAAUUUGAAGUUGUUGGUGAUACCCCUGAAAAAGUUGGCCCUAAACCAUCAGAACCAGCAUCCAAGAACAUUACCAAUGGUAGUGAUGAUGGAGCGCAACCCUCAACAUCAACAGCUCCAGAUCAGGACGAUCUAUUGAUCGUUGAUUCUGAAGAUGAAGGUACUUCAAGCAAUGUUGAUGAUGAUAUGGAAAACAAAAGCCGCAAGAGAAAACUAGAAGACAAGGAGUGCAUCAGUACAAAGAGAGUGCGUACUGAGCAGACAGAAGAGCAAGAUGAAAUUAUAGCAUUAGACUGAACGUGCAAAUGCCCCUUGACACAACGAUUCAGAUAAUGUAAUACAAUAACAGCAUAUUAUGUUGGGAUGUGAAAAAUGUCCAGAACUAGACUAAUUUUAAGGCCUUUGUUCCAAGUGAAUACCAAACCACUGGCUUAAAUAAUUUGUGUCUGUUUCUCUUGAUAAAGCUCUCAUCUCAAUAGACUCUUUCAGAGGUUUUUUCCAUAUUAAUUCCAUAUAUUAAAUGUAGUAAAAACAUAGUUUAUAAAUACUUACAGAUAAGUAUUUGCUUAAACAGUCAUGGAAAAAGCAUGUUAUUUUUGUGUUAAUAGGACAAAAAAAACCCUACUCUCGUCUAGUAAAGGGUCAUCAUCUGAUGCCCAGAUUUUAAGUAACUACAUUUUUAUUUUUUGCUUGAAGAAAAAUAUUUUUAGCCUAGUGCUAAACAUUUUUCACACCCUGAACAAGUAAAGAAGAAAAUUCAAUAAAGUCAACUAGUGCCAUGUUUUAACAGUGUUCUUAAACUUCAACUGGCACUAUGUACAUUACUGUAAAACUGUUAAUUUACUCAAGUUUUUCAGCUUGUACUGCCUGGUAUGUCAAUGUAAGAAGCAAAUUUUUGUGUAUUGUUACAGUUUCAGGUUAUUUAUAUUUGAUGUUUUGUAAACUCAGAUACUACUACUAUACUGUACAUCUGAUGGACCAAAUAAAUGACAUCUGAAAUACUUGCUAUAUUUGCUUGCACAGUCCAAGUUUAUGCUGACUUAUGGGAUUUUACAAUGUAUAGCCUUCAAAAAUUACUGUAUUAUUUUCAUUUUUCUAAGCAUAACCUAGUAGUACAGAACUUAAGCUUCACUUGUUUGAGGUGAAAGGGGAAUUUUUUUAAUAAAACUUUUGUGAAUGUU